UCAUCGCAAUGGCCAUGGUGCAAGACGUCGCCGGCUACCUGUGCCUCCCCUUGGCCAUCGUCUUCGUUACUCUCGUGCUCCACAAGGUGGUUGCCAGGAACGCGAAUGGCCAUGGCUCUGGCCAUGAGCUGGUGCUUCCGCCGGGGCCAUGGCGGCUGCCGAUCAUCGGCAACCUCCACCAGAUCAUGAUCCACGGCCCGCUCGUCUACCGUACCAUGGCGAGCAUGGCGCGCCGGCUGGACGCGCCUCUCAUGUCGCUCAAGCUCGGCGAGGUCCCCGUCGUCGUCGCCACGACGGCCGACGCCGCCAGGGAGAUCACCAAGACGCACGACAUCAAGUUCUGCACGCGGCCAUGGAGCUCCACCAUGCGGGCCCUGGUGAGCGACGGGCCGGGGCUGGUGUUCGCGCCCUACGGCACCCUGUGGCGGCAGCUCCGCAAGAUCGCCAUCCUCGAGCUGUUCAGCCCCCGGCGCGUCCAGUCGUUCCGCCGCGUCCGCGAGGACGAGGCCGGCCGCCUCGUCGCCGCCGUGGCCGCGGCCGCGGCGCGGCCCGGCGAGGCCGUGAACGUCAGCGAGCGGAUCGCCGUGUUCAUCACCGACACGGCGGUGCGCAUGACCAUGGGCGACCGGUUCAAGAAGCGGGACGAGUUCCUCGAGGGCCUCACCGAGGCGGUCCGGUUAGCGUCGGGGUUCAACCUCGGCGACCUGUUCCCGUCGUCGAGGCUCGCCGACUUCGUCACCGGCACGACGCGUCGGGCAAUGGCGAACCACCGCAAGAACUUCGAGCUGAUAGAGUGCGCGCUCCGGCAGCACGAGGAGAGGAAGGCGGCCGCCGUGGAUGGCAGAGACGACGACGAGGACCUCAUUGAUUUGCUUCUCAGGAUUCAGAAGGAGGUCAGGUUCGAAGUGCCUCUCACCAUGGGCCACAUCAAAUCCGUUAUCCUUGAUCUUUUUGGUGCUGGAAGUGAAACAACAGCGAAUUCACUCCAAUGGGCAAUGUCUGAGCUCAUGAAGAAUCCAACGGCGAUGUUGAAGGCACAAGCUGAACUACGUGACACCCUCCAGGGGAAGCAAAUUGUGACCGAAGAUGACUUGGCUGGAUUGAAGUACUUAAAGUUGAUUAUCAAGGAAACAUUACGGCUGCAUCCGGUUGUGCCAUUGCUUGUCCCAAGAGAAUGUCGGGAAACAUGUAAGGUCAUGGGGUACGACAUCCCCAUUGGUACUACUAUUCUCGUGAAUGUUUGGGCAAUCGGUAGAGAUCCUAAGUAUUGGAAAGAUGCUGAGACAUUCAGGCCAGAGCGAUUUGAAGAGGUUAAUGUAAACUUCAAAGGAACGGACUUUGAAUACAUACCAUUUGGUGCGGGACGAAGGAUAUGCCCUGGCAUGGGAUCUGCGGAAGCUAACAUGGAGCUUGCUCUAGCCUCACUACUCUAUCACUUUGACUGGGAGCUCCCAGGUGGCAUCUCGUUGACCAAGAUGGAUAUGGUGGAGGAGAUGGGUGCUACCGCUCGAAGAAAGAAUGAUCUUUACCUUGUUCCAACUGUUCGUGUGCCCCGGUCGGCUGCUCCAUAGUUAUUCUCACGUAACAUUACUCUUUUGUAUGUACCUGCCUAGUUGCCUACAAUAAGCUAUAGUUUGAUCCAAUCCCUUCCCUUGUUGUAUUUAUGUGAUUUCUUCUUAAAUUUAGGUGGAAAUUAAUAUGUAUGGGUGUGUACUUGCAACUAGUGCAAAUAUGUAUGGGCAAGGUGUACUUGCAAAGUAUUGCAUGAUGUACUGGUUACAUCAUUGG